UUCUUUCUUUUGAAAAUUAAUAUUACCUUUAAAAAAAAACGCUUUAUUUUCUCUGCUCCUUUUGAGAGCAGCUACCUUAUUCGUCUUCAACCUUGUUGUUAAUCGUGAAUCAGUAUGGGGAACGUCGACAGUAUUCCAGAAAAUAGAGAAAAAGAAGAAGUCCAACUAUCGCAUUUUAAAAUCAUAAAAACACUUGGAAAAGGUGCUUUUGGCAAAGUCUAUAAAGUACAGCAUAUCAAACGCAAAGAAUUAUACGCGUUAAAAGUCAUUAACAAAGAGCAAUGCAUUAAAAUGGAUGCUGUAAAGAACAUAAUUCGAGAACGAACUAUUCUAGAAUGCGUAGAUCACCCACUUGUGUGUAAUAUGCGAUUUGCUUUUCAAGAUUCACAGUCAAUGUUUAUGGCCAUGGAUUUAAUGUCGGGUGGUGAUUUGAGAUCACAUUUGGUUCAAGAUCACAAUGAAAAUGUAAUCAAAUUUUGGAUUGCAGAACUUGUAUGCGCUAUCAAAUAUUUACACUCUCAAGGCAUCGUUCACAGAGAUAUUAAACCUGAUAAUAUCUUACUAGAUCAACAAGGUCAUGUACAUCUUAGUGACUUCAAUAUUGCUUGUCAUAUUCCUGAAAAGAAUGAAAGACCAUUGACUUCUUUAUCUGGCACUGCUGUUUAUUUUGCACCAGAAAUCUUCAGGGGCAAUGGCUAUAAUGAAGAUGUUGAUUGGUGGAGCCUUGGAAUCACUUUUUAUGAAUGUGUUUAUGGCACAAGGCCAUGGUUACACUGCACAAAUAUUGAUGAGUUGAGUAAACAAGUCUUGCAUAGAAAUAUCCCUUAUCCGUACAAACAAUCGAUUUCGCCCAAAUGUGUAUCUGCAAUUAAAUGCUUUUUAGAAAAAGAUAGCAAGAAGCGCAUGGGCCAUGGUGUUAUUUCAGGCUGGAAAAAUAUUGCAUCUCACCCUUUUUUUCAAAAUAUUGACUGGCAUAAAAUUGAUAACAAACAAUGUCAACCUCUCUAUGUACCAUCACUUGCAAGUGAGGCAAUUGAAGACGCUAUUAUAUCAGACUACCUAUCAAAUCAAAACUUGAUGACCGUCUUAAACGAGCCAGCAGCAUCACCACCCGCUGAACCAAACAACGAUGGCGUUAUGGGAUGGCUCUGUCGACAAAAAAGAAGAUCUAGUCGAACAUAUGAAGAUAACCGACAUAGUCAAGAUUUACGCUUACUUGAGCACAGAUUCAAGCCGUUUGAUUAUACUAUUUUUGAGCAGUAUGAAGGGUUUCUUGAUGAACAUCUUAUGACAGUCGGACCUCCACCUGAUUGGGUUAAGCCUGCUUUUCCUGGUGCAGACAAUGGUACUCUUUUGCCUGUGCGACAAAUCUAUCUUGAUAAUACUGUAUUUGAUGUAUUCCAACAAGAAAAUCCAUACCACAAAUUCCAUGAUACUUCUACCCUAAAUACAGCUGCGUAUUGGGCAAACCAUACAUUUAUGUUUGAACAACAAUGUAAAUGAACUUAUUUAUUCUUACUGACGAUUUUGCAGGUCUAUUAUUUGUCAUUUAUACAUAUACUUACAUUCCUUUUUUUUCUAAUACUCAAGUACAUACACAUCAUUUUGCAAUUCCUUUCAUUUAUACAUAUAUUUCAUGUUAAUAAAUUCCUUCUUACUAGUAUCUGCAUAAAAAGCCAUCAUCUUAAUUCUAUCCAUAUAAAAAAAAAACAUUCCUUUGACAAUCAUGAUUUACGGAAACAGAUGAUAAAUUCUAGAAUUAAGGAACGUCUUUUCCCCUUUCUAACAUAUUCUACCUAUUGAAAACCAAACUAGAAUUGCUUCUUUGGCAUGAACUAUACUUUAGUUU